GAACAACUGCAAUGAUGUGACAGCCUUUUCCCUGAGGUCGACGGGAAAAAAAAGAAGGCGACUGGCACUUGUUUGUUGCCUGAAUUACUCUUUUAUCUAAUCGAUGAGCGCUAUCCCGGUUGCACCAUUGCAAAGUUCGCGCAGUGUCAUGCGAGAAUACUUUGAAUGCGUGCUGUGCAGCAUUCUGUUUACGCGAGGAGUGUAUCCUUCCGAAGACUUUGAAGUGUCGCAGUGGAAAGACGGGUUUAUGGUCACCGCCGUCAACGACGAACUGCGCGAUUUCAUGCAUAAGUUUAUGGAACAAGUGCACGCCUGGAUGAACUCGGGCGAAAUCAUCAAAGUUAUAUUGGUGGUUAGGCUCAAAGAAACCAUGGAAAGCAUGGAGCGAUGGGAGUUUAGGAUAUCCGACGCCCAUCCAGACAACGCUCAAUCUCUUUCUGGGAAGGAUGUGUUCCUGGAAUUGCAGACGCUCUUGCGACAAAUCCGUUCCACCGUGGGGUUCUUGCCUCCACUUGAGGAACCAUGCAUGUUCGAUGUCCUUGCUGCUACCAAACCGACGGUCGCCGUGCCAGACAAUUGGAAACCGACCGUUCUUGAUACCAUGGGCAAUAAAACAGAGUCUUGCCCGUUGCGUAGUAUUACCACCGACAAACUCCAGAUUCAAAACAAAGUCAUUUACCGCGCGUAAGCAGCAAUUAUUCUCCUCCCCAUUUCCUCACUUCUCGGCCACAGCAUUGCAACAUAACAACUCCUUCUUUAUCAUCCUUGAUUUCAUUACAUAAAUAUAUUCGAGCAUUAUAGCAACCGAUCAAGAAAAAAAAAAAGAC